CUAUGUUGGCAUGGAAGACUUUUCCAAAUAUUUGGGCAUCAACAGGACCCUGGCUCUAAUAUGUUGCAUCUUGUAUACUUCCUUGCAAGCAGAUGGGAACAGCAUCUUCCAGAUGACUGGCAACACAGUGACCCUGCAAUGUAGCAAUAUGUCAAUUAACUGCCUUAUUCAAGUGGCAUGGAUGAGGGACGGAGAUAAUCUGUUCAGCUUCAAGCUACAGAGAACCUCAAACAGCAGCCAGAAAACAUUAGACAGCAAAUGGAUCCAGUAUCCUGCAGCUGCCAGCCUGAAAGUGAACAUGUCCACCUCAGAGAGCCAACUGUAUGCACUAAUCAUAGAGAGCGCCCAGAAAAAUCACACAGGAAACUACACUUGUGCAACGACCACAGACUCAGGAGUCUUCGACCAGAAAUGGGAGCUCAUAAUUACAGAGGAUGUUGAAGCUGGAAAUCCACAUAAAACCCAUGUUGCUGCAGCUGUUAUUGUACCUUGUGUGUGUUUCCUGAUCUUUAUAAUUACUGCUUUGACCAUUCUGAUAGGAGUCUGCCAACAACGUUCAGAAAACACCACCCGAUCUCCCAGAGCAACAUCGGGGGAGCAGAGAGAACAUAUUUAUGAAAACUCCCUGGAACUUGAAGCUCGCCAGCGAUGUGGCCAAAUUUAGGUUUACCCUCACAAACAGACGGCUGAGUGAUC